ACGGUCUUCACCAUGUGUCAAUCUAAAUGCUUUGAGUGGCGAGAAAAGGGUAGUGUUGCAAUGCUAAGGUUCAUGGCAGAGAAGCUGCAAGCAAUUCUCUCACUCCCUAAGAGGGUUAGAGUCAGGAAAGGCCACUUUGUGGUCAUUGCAACGCGAGGCAGAGAACCUCAGAGGUUCCUCAUCAAGUUAUGUUAUCUCCACAAUCCAGAGUUCUUGAAGCUGCUGAAGCAAGCUGAGGAAGAAUUCGGGUUUUCGCAAGAGGGGGUGAUUGCAAUCCCUUGUCGACCAGAUGAGCUUCAAAAGAUACUCACCAUGUCAAAAUCAUGACUCAGCCAAGACAUGGGAUGUAUUUUCACCAUCACUUCUUUCAUGUUUCUGUUGGUCUCUAGUAUUUCUACAGAACUCUCUUGGUUCACCUUAAUGCUAUUAAUUGAGUUUGUAUUAUGUAAUCUACUGAUAGAAUAAAAAUAGGGCAUGAUC